AUGGAGGCGAGCGCAGGUUUGGUCGCCGGCUCUCACAACCGGAACGAGCUCGUGCUCAUCCGGGGCCACGAAGAGCCGAAGCCGCUAAAGGCACUGAACGGUCAGGUGUGUGAGAUUUGUGGUGAUGAGAUUGGGCUAACAGUGGAUGGGGACCUCUUUGUGGCUUGCAAUGAGUGCGGGUUCCCGGUGUGCCGGCCAUGCUAUGAGUAUGAGAGGAGGGAAGGAACCCAACUCUGCCCACAGUGCAAGACCCGCUACAAACGCCUCAAGGGGAGUCCAAGAGUGGAAGGAGAUGAUGAUGAAGAAGAUGUCGAUGAUAUAGAACAUGAAUUCAACAUUGAUGAUGAACGGAACCAAAAGCAGCAGCAGCCACAGCAGAACAAACACAUCACAGAAGCAAUGCUUUAUGGGAAGAUGAGCUAUGGCAGAGGUCCUGAGGACGGGGAAAGCAGUCCUCCUCAGUUCCCACCCAUCAUAACCAGUGCUCGCUCCCGACCGGUGAGUGGCGAGUUCCCAAUAUCUAAUAGUCAUAACCUUGGAGAAAUCUCAUCAUCUCUCCACAAACGUGUCCAUCCUUAUCCAAUGUCUGAGCCUGGGAGUGCAAGAUGGGAUGAGAACAGAGAUGGAGGGUGGAAAGAAAGAGUGGAAGAGUACAAAUCAAAGCAAAGCCUUCUUGGAGGCGAACCAGAUGAUGACCCUGACAUGUCCAUAAUGGAUGAAGCAAGGCAACCACUAUCAAGAAAAGUGUCGAUAGCCUCGAGCAAGAUCAACCCCUACCGCAUGGUGAUCGUGAUCCGGCUUGUGGUCCUAGGCUUCUUCCUCCGCUACCGAAUCCUCAACCCAGUCCAUGAUGCAAUUGGACUGUGGCUCACCUCAGUUAUAUGUGAGAUAUGGUUUGCCUUCUCAUGGAUCCUUGAUCAAUUCCCAAAAUGGUUCCCAAUUGAUCGUGAAACUUAUCUCGAUCGCCUCUCGCUCAGAUAUGAGAGGGAAGGUGAGCCUUCGAUGCUUUCUGCAGUGGACCUCUUCGUCAGUACAGUGGACCCAUUGAAGGAGCCUCCUCUUGUCACCGCCAACACAGUGCUAUCAAUCUUGGCUGUCGAUUACCCGGUGGACAAGGUGUCAUGCUAUGUCUCAGAUGAUGGCGCAUCGAUGCUCACAUUCGAAUCCCUCUCGGAGACUGCUGAAUUUGCUAGAAAAUGGGUGCCUUUCUGCAAGAAGUUCAACAUUGAGCCCAGGGCACCAGAAAUGUACUUCUCUCAAAAGGUUGAUUACCUCAAGGAUAAAGUCCAGCCAACUUUUGUUAAGGAGCGGCGUGCGAUGAAGAGGGAAUAUGAAGAAUUUAAAGUGCGGAUCAACGCACAGGUUGCAAAAGCCAUGAAAGUACCCCCAGAAGGGUGGAUUAUGCAAGAUGGCACCCCAUGGCCUGGUAACAACACCCGUGAUCACCCCGGCAUGAUCCAGGUGUUCUUGGGACACAGCGGAGGUCAUGACACCGAAGGAAAUGAGCUCCCUCGUCUUGUUUAUGUCUCUCGUGAGAAACGGCCGGGCUUUCACCAUCACAAGAAGGCUGGUGCCAUGAAUGCUCUGGUCCGUGUCUCUGCUGUCCUCACAAAUGCACCCUUUAUGCUCAAUUUGGACUGUGAUCACUAUAUAAACAACAGCAAGGCUAUUCGAGAGGCAAUGUGUUUCUUGAUGGAUCCUCAGACUGGGAGAAAAGUGUGCUAUGUCCAGUUCCCUCAGAGGUUCGAUGGCAUUGAUAAGCACGAUCGGUACGCCAACAGGAACACAGUCUUCUUUGAUAUCAACAUGAAGGGCCUAGACGGAAUUCAAGGUCCGGUCUAUGUGGGUACUGGAUGUGUCUUCAGGCGACAAGCUCUUUAUGGUUACAACCCUCCCAAGGAGCCAAAGCGUCCCAAAAUGGUGAGCUGCGACUGCUGCCCAUGCUUUGGACGUCGCAAGAACAACAACAAAUCCAAAGGUGGUUCAAAUGAGCAAGCAGCAGAUGGAGGGUUCGACGACGACGACAAGGAGCUGUUGAUGUCACAGAUGAAUUUCGACAGGAGAUUUGGUCAAUCAGCCGCAUUCGUGACAUCAACUCUAAUGGAGGAAGGUGGAGUUCCUCCCUCAUCAAGCCCUGCAGCGCUGCUCAAAGAAGCCAUUCAUGUCAUCAGCUGCGGCUACGAAGACAAAACUGAAUGGGGAUCAGAGUUGGGAUGGAUCUACGGCUCGAUCACAGAGGAUAUUCUCACCGGCUUCAAGAUGCACUGCCGGGGCUGGCGGUCCAUCUACUGCAUGCCGAAUAGGGCGGCGUUCAAAGGGUCCGCUCCAAUUAACCUCUCCGACCGGCUCAACCAGGUGCUCCGAUGGGCACUUGGCUCGGUUGAGAUCUUCUUCAGUCGCCACAGCCCAGUCUGGUAUGGCUACAAGAAAGGACACCUCAAGUGGCUCGAGCGCUUUGCCUACGUUAACACCACCAUCUACCCCUUCACUGCUCUCCCCCUCCUUGCCUACUGUACCCUUCCUGCUGUCUGCCUCCUUUCUGGAAAAUUCAUCAUGCCAACGAUCAGUACAUUUGCCAGCCUCUUCUUUAUAGCACUAUUCAUCUCAAUCUUUGCGACGGGCAUCCUUGAGCUAAGGUGGAGUGGAGUGAGCAUAGAAGAAUGGUGGAGGAACGAGCAGUUCUGGGUCAUUGGUGGUGUCUCAGCCCACCUUUUUGCUGUCAUUCAGGGCUUGCUUAAGGUUCUGGCUGGCAUAGACACCAACUUCACUGUCACCUCCAAGGCUACUGACGACGAGGAUGAGUUUGGGGAGCUCUACGCCUUCAAAUGGACGACUCUGUUGAUUCCACCUACAACUCUAUUGAUCAUAAACCUUGUCGGGGUUGUCGCCGGGAUAUCCGAUGCCAUAAACAAUGGUUACCAGUCAUGGGGACCUCUCUUUGGGAAGCUGUUCUUUGCCUUCUGGGUGAUUGUCCAUCUCUAUCCAUUCCUUAAGGGUCUAAUGGGCAGGCAGAACAGGACCCCGACCAUUGUAGUUAUCUGGUCCGUGCUCCUGGCUUCCAUUUUCUCGUUGCUGUGGGUGAGGAUUGAUCCGUUUGUGAUGAAAACCAAAGGCCCGGAUGUCACGCAAUGUGGGAUCAAUUGUUGAUCUAUGAAUUCUCUUCCUCCUUGGAAGUGCUUGUGCUUUCUUCUGCGUCAAAAGAGUGAGACAAUGUGAAGUUUUGUAUUAUACAUGAAGUGAGAUUACUUAUUAGUUACAUUAAAAAAAACUAUAUAGAGAUUGCUUAAAGAAAAGUUUUGCUAGAA